CACGAAUGUUACUCGCAAUAAUUACUGUGCGCCUCCAUUAUAUGUACGAAAAAUGUGCACGAACGUUAUGCACCGAUGGAUUAAAUUUGAAUUCCUCUCCAUCGCGACGAGUGGGAUCCCCUCCUCACCACAGCAUUACGCACUUAACGAAAGGCUCUCAGCAGCGACAACCAGUCCAGCGUCCGCGUCCGUAAAAGCAAGAGUCGCGCCGCGGAGAGUCGAGCGGGAGAGCAACCAGUUAACCGUUAACGGAGCUCAGCGAUGGACUGGCGACUCGUUGCCAGGAGUGGUAUCACGAGUUUCUCGCCAAUAAGAACCGGCGUUUGAGAUGAGAGGCUGGAUUUUUUGGUGCGUCUGCCUUAAGGUUAUCGUCGUGAGAGGCUCCCGGAAAAAUUCUCAAGGAAGUCUCAUCGUGCCUUCAAUCGAACUUUCCGCGUCGCAAGGGUCUUCCGCGGACCGGGGUACAGGAUUUUACUCGGGACUUAUCCAAAAUUUGAAUGAGAAGUUGGACCAAGUGCAAAAUGUGCCCACUUACAGAUUUACGAAGGAAUUAUGGUUGGAAAAAGUGCGCGACCGGCCGGUGGAGUCCGCGGCAUACGGUGCCACUUACCACGCUACUUUCGGCAGUGUUGUGAAAAAAGGCAUGGAUUUGUUCAAAAGCCAUUCGCUUCUUUGGAAUUUCGCGCCAGGGUUGGAUUUAAAAGUCGGAAGCGAGACUUCAGGAAGAUUCGACGCCACGGUUCAACCUAGUGCCAUAGACACGAGGACGUUUGGUAGAUUCGGAAUGCGUCGACGAAUUGUAUUUGCCUUACUGCCGAUCAUGUACAAGAUGGGCGUGAUCACAACCCUCUUGGUCGGUCUCACAGUGUUCACCCUCAAGGGACUCACCAUCGGCGUCGUCCUGCUCUUCCUCACACUCACGAGCACGAUCCACAAGCUCAAGUACGGUUGGAGCUACGGCGCCCACACAGCCGCUGCUGCGCCAGCCAAGAGUGUGCACAUCCACAUCCACAGCGGUGGAGGAGGGCCCGGGCUCGGAUUCGAGCACGCUCAGUAUGGUCAAUCGGUUCACGCCGGCGGCGGUGACUGGGAAAGGCAUGCGCUUCCGCCGUUCAGUGGGCCAGACAUCCAGUACCAUCAUCCCACCACGGAUGGCUUCCGUCCUACCACUGCAGGAUCCUCCAGUUACUAUUACCAUUAAUUAAUUAAUUCCCAACUAGCAUGUGAAAAAAACAUCGACUCUGCGAACCGAACAAUCAGUAGGUAAGUAGGCGUUUUUUGGUUCUAAAGAUUGAGUUCCUAUACAGUAAAAAAUUGUAACAUUUAUCGCCGCGUUCUACUCGCGGGAUCGCUCUAAAUAACAGGACGGAGAUGAAGAAAAACCAAUAGACGAAUAUACUCGACUUAUAGGUGUAGAGAUGUAUAUAUCCUUAUAGUCGACGUAUUUUCGCCUACUUAGUGGUUUCUUCGUCUGUGACCCAAGUUUUUAAUCCCAAAAUUUUAAGUGAUCUUGCGGAACGUCGAACGAAUGGCGUCUCACUCGACGUUUUUAUUUUUUAAUGCGUAGUCAAACGAGUCUGUCGCCUCAGAAAACCGAACUGAAUUCCAGUUCGGAGAACCGGUGGUUCAGUUUUACGAACCGCAAAACUUUACUUACUCUAUAUAAACUCUUUAUAUGUCGACCGAAGUUUUCCCGUUUGGUAAACUGAAACUUUCGGUUCGUACAACUGAACCUUCAUAGCUGUACCAAAUGAAGCUGUCGGUUAUCUUAUCUGAGAGCUCAGUACCUACUUGAACCGAAAAGCGCCUACUGCACUCGCUAUUUCGUUCGUAUAACCGAAUGCGAAGUUUUUACUCGCUCAUUUUUCUCCACGCGGCACCAGAUUGCAUACCCCUGCUAAAAAAAGGUGAGCAGGCCGAAAUACUUACAUCAGUAAAAAUUGAGGUCACGAAACCAAAGUAUUCCAUAGAUAUGUAAGGAGAGGGCAUCUACUCAUGUCAGUGCCUACAACUGUUUUUUCUUUUUCGCUUACCUAAGGUACUGUAUCUGAUCAGGGAGUCAUCUUCAUAUUAUGUACAAUUCAAAAGUAAUCUAUUUUUGGAUCCAGAAUUAUGUAUUUUUGAUGUGAUAAGUUUCGAAAAUGUCAGUACCACACUGUCGUAAUAUCGGCAGGAUCUCUACUUUUAUCACUUAGGUAGUUGGAUCUUUAAUCGUAAGCAUGGAUCAAAAAAGAUUGGAAUUGAGAGAUCAUCAGGUGUACGGAUUUUUCCUCGUAUGAGCAGAAAUUUAAUUGAUAACAGUAUUGACGAUCAAAUUAAUAUCAGCAGAAUUAGUUACCUUUUUCUACUUAUCAUUUUCGGCAGGGAUGAGCAAGCUAACUCUCUCAAAGUUUUCGAGAAUACUUCUCCUCGUACCUCAUACAUCGUCAUUUGAAGAAUGGAAUUACGAAAUAUGUUAGUUGCCAGAGAUGCGUGCAUGGUGAUGUACUAACCGCACGUUAAUUUAUACAACUACAGUAGGAGCUUUUUAUCGAAAUUUAUUUUCUAAAUUCUGGUCUUGAUUUUUGGACAAUAAUUGUGAAUUAUUCCGUUCAAUUCUCGUUCAAUCAGAGAGUCGGCUCGGUCGCAUUACUUCAGCAACAACCAAUGCCACUUGGGAUGUUAAUAUGUAAGUUUCAAUCAUCGUUUAUAUUUUAAUGAGAAAAAUAAGUCUUAAAGACAUCAAUAAGCUUCGUGUGCUCAACUAUAAGUAAAUUGUGUUUCCUACCUUAAUUUUACAUUUUUUGCAUGCGAAAUUUUCUUUCACCACCGUGCGAUGGGAGCGGAGGUUCGAAAUUGUAGAAAGCAAGCCAACAAUGUAAGUAGGGCAAAAAAAUUGCACUGGAUUCUUGGGCGGCUCUUGGUUUUUUUUCGUGUCACGGCAGUGAAUGCAUAAAGUACUUUUAAAGGACCCAAUGCUCCAUUUUUUUGCUUUCGGAAAGUUCACACGCACUGCGUAAAGGCCAUGGAGAUCCAAAACUUUGCAGAAGGAAAGUUAGUGCCCUUGGGAAGGAGGGAAGAUUAACUACACGCAGAUUUUUCAUUAAGUACACGCAGAUUUUUCAUCGUGAGACCAGUGAUAUCAAUUACCAUCAUGUAACUCGGAACAGCUUCCUUAAUUGGAACAAUUGGGGAUUUUUUCGUCUGCAGUUUGUGGUAGACCUGUUCAUUUUUAUCAAUGUUUGUUUGUUUUUACGUUCAGAUCUCACCAGCUCUAGGUUUAAGGCAUGGAAUGAACGAGGACAAACAUUUUUUUUGUCGGUAAAUCCUAUUCUUUUUGUUUAAUUUCUUCCCCUUUCAUUGAAAAUGUGUUUAUAAUUGUUCCUGCCAGUGCAAACUUCUACUGAACAAUCGGCAUGGAUGACAGUGCUUCUUUGAAGUUUCUGUUCAUCCGUUCAUAGCUUUCCACGGAUGAAAACCUUUUAAAAUUCCGAAAUAGCAUUUAUCUUGGAACAUGUCAUGUUACCUACUUAUUAGCAACUAAUAUUUUUUGCUCCCUUUUCCAGCAUUACCAAUUAGUAACUAAGUUUCACCUAGAAAAAUUCGAGGUUUAUCCACUUUGAAUUUAAAACUUUUAAAGUUUUGCCAUUUGUACUACUUUUCUACUUCGAAGAAUGGAAAACCCGGAAUAGUGUACUUUGGCUGUUUAAUAAAUAGAUGUUACAGUUUAA